AUGGACAGCAAAAUUGAUUCCCAGCACGGAGAACUCCUCCCAAUUUGCACAACAGUUGGUUAUACUGUAAAUUUGCUUCCCCAAGGCGUCGAUCCCUUCGAUUUGUCUACAACACUCGAGUCAGAUCAUAAAUACAAUUUCCUGAAAUACGCCGAACCGGGAGAAGAUAUAACAGUUCCGGGAUCAACGAGGAAGUACUGGCUACCUCAAAAUUUCGAGAAACACGAUACGGGAUCCACGACAGAGACACAUAGCCUUAUUUGUCGAACAGGAACAGAACUUGCCAGUGAUUUCAAAUUCGAUGCAAAAGUAGCUGCUAAUUAUGCCGGAUUCUCCGCUGAAGCUGGGGCGGGGUACGAAUAUAGUACGAAUUUCAAAACUACAAGCUUGUAUGGCAUAUACAGUCUCGAUCAGAAAAAUUACUCUAUCAAUGUAAUCAACAAGCAGACAAUGUACGGUUCAGUACAAGAUGAAUUCAUUGACGCAGCGGCUAAGCUCCCAACUUGGAAGACAAUAUCCAAGGAUCUCAAAGAUUUCGAUGAAGUGACCCGCAUCUACAAUUCGUAUGCCAAAUUCUAUUCUAGAUAUGGAUCUCAUCUGAUACAAGAAGCAUACAUGGGUACACGAUACCAGCUUAAAGUGGAACAGAACGAAGUAACAGAAGAAAAGAAAGAGGAAUUCUCAACAAAUAUCAAAGCCGAGUAUCAAGGUGCAAUCGGAGGUUCUGUCAGUGUUGAUGUCAAGAAAUCGGAGUCGUACAAGCAAUAUACGUUACAACGACAAAGCGAUUGCAAUGUUCUUGGAGGUGAUCCCGGAAAAGCUGGCACCCUUUCUCAUUUGUCCCCAGAUGACGCGGAUGCAUAUAAUGCGGCGUUCAAGGAGUGGCAAGAGAGUCGCAAAGAAGGCUCUACGGAUGCUCUUUUGCACAUACGCGUCAUAGAAAUUGGAAGCUUUCUGAAAGACAGCUAUGUGAAAAGUCAAUUGGCAGUUGCUGAUCGUCUUUCCUCUGCCUGGUCUUAUUUUAAGGAUUUUUAUACCUUCCAGGGAAAAUUGACUUUUGCGGAGUCAUUCCAAAGCGAAGUGAUCAAAUUAGAGAUUACCCCUCUGCCCGGACUGGAAAUCCGUGCUACUGGAACAGAUAUGUUUACAGUAACUCAGACGAAAGCAAAUAGUGUUGAAAUUACACUCAAUAAGACUAUCAUGUUUCAGCACCUUGACGUAACGAUAAUCGCUCCCGAUAGGCCCGUUCAACUUCUGUUUACCCAAGAUUCAAAAUUUCCUCUCCGGUUCUUGGUUAGACUUGAAGUAAAUCAAUAUGAGCCCGCACGCUUCCGAACGAUCUACACACCGUCUGAUGCAAGGCAAAAUGUGAGGAGUUUCAGGGAUGCACAUGCACCUGAGUAG